UUUCCUCAAACCCAAGUGUUUUGCCUGCAUCAAGAUGAAGGUGAGUGCUGCUCUCCUGCAGCUGCUGUGCUGUCUUCUGCUCACUGAAGGACAAACGGAGGUGCCGGAUUUUGAGUCCAAUGGAAAAAGCAUCCAGCCCAACAUCUGGACCGAGGUGAGAGAUAUAAGAGACAUGGUGAUUGAGCUCAAAGUCAAGUUGGACAUGGCGAUGAAAGAGAACGCAAAAAUGGCAGAACAAGUGCAGGAGCUGAAGAAAGAGAAUUCAGGAAUUACUGAUCAAAUGAAAAUAAUCGAAAACCAGCUGAAAGGAAUUAAGAAAGAAAAUGAAGAACAACCAAAAGUGGCGUUUUCAGCCGACCUAGGCAUUCGAGGGGAUUUAGGUCCUCAGAGUACUGAGAUCACGCUGACGUUCAACAACAUCUUCACGAACACUGGGAACAGCUACAAUCCAGCAACAGGUCUCUUCACUGCACCGGUUAAAGGAGUCUACUACUUCAGAUUCACCGCGUGCGGUACUCAAAGCGCACAGUCGCUGGGGGCCAGUUUGCAUAAAAACGGGCAGAAGAUCGUGUCAGUGGGCCAGUGGCGUAAUCACAAUCUGCACAGAUACGCAUCAAAUGGAGCUGUCCUGCAGCUGGAAGUGGGUGAUGUAGUUUGCGUGAAGCUCCUCCCACAUUACACCAUCUAUGACAGUCCAGAUAACCUCAGCACUUUCAGUGGAUUCCUCAUUCACCCGUUAAAGUGAUCAACCAUCAAGCACGUUGUUCUCAUGAAAACUGCACAAAUCACACUUAUGCUUUAUUAAUCAUAUAUUCACCGUGAAAAAAUCCAACUGCAAUAAUGAUUUCAUAUGCUAUUGUUUGUAUUAACUACUUUUGUAUUUAUGUAAUAGCAUAUUAAACAUACCAAUUUAAGAGGAGACACUACAGGCAAAAACA